CAUUACGAAGCAUGGCGGACAACAGGGAUAAUAAUAUUACGCUUUUAUCAUGGGGCUCAAAUAGUUAUGGUCAGCUUUGCAAUGGCCACAAGCAUGAUGUCCUAUACCCAGAACAAUCUAUCCCCUCCCCCACACGGAACGUUCUUGCAUUGACUGGGGGAGGAGGUCACACAGCUCUUGUCUCAGGUGAUGGUAAAUUAUAUGUGUGUGGAUGGAAUAACAAGGGGCAGUUGGGCUUAGGAGACACAGUAGACAGAGCUACCUUAACUCAUGUGCUUGGAAUCCAAGCAGUCAGACAUGUUGCAUGUGGAUGGAAUCACACUUUAGUGAUAACAGAUGAAGGAUGUCUUUUUGUAUUUGGGUCAAAUGCAUUUGGACAACUAGGACUAGGAGCAUGUGAGGGAAACAUCUCGUCUCCAUGCCAGGUGUCUCUUGGGUCUAAAGUUACAGAUGUUGCUGCAGGGCUCCGUCAUUCACUUGUUUUACUUGAUGAUAGUUCUGUGUGGUCUUGGGGUGACAAUAAGAGAGGUCAGCUUGGAAUCCCAAGAUCAAAAACCAAGACAGUGGGAACGCCAACUAAAGUUGCCAUUCUUUCUGACAAGGCCUGUCAAGUAGCAGCUGGUUCACAUCACUCAGUAGUUCUUACAGAAAAUGGACAAGUUUUUUGUUGGGGAUCCAAUCAGCAUGGACAGUGUGGCAAACCAGUUAAUACGGAAACAAAAGGUCACCAUCACAACUUUUAUGAUACACCUCAACUUGUUUGUGGAGAUUUAAGAAAUAAUAAAGUGAAAUCCAUACUUAGUGGCUGGAGCCAUGUUCUUGCUACAACAGAUGAUAAUCAAAUCUACAGCUGGGGUCGUGCAGAUUAUGGUCAGUUAGGUUUGGGAGACGAAAUUGUAAACGUUGGAUAUAGCUGGCAGCCUUCGAGGAUACCAGAUCUAUCUGGGGUCAAACAGCUGGUGUGUGGCGCAGAACACAAUAUAGCAUUACUUGAUUCUGGUGAAGUUUUAACCUGGGGAUGGAAUGAGCACAGUAUCUGUGGAUUUAAAGACGAGCAUAACCUUCACACUCCAACGACACUUAGUGCAGUAGGUGAAUCUCGUAAAGUCAGGCUGGUCGGUUGUGGUGGUGGGCACACCUUUCUAGUCAUAUCACAACAAUGAUUGGGCAUGGUAUUCAACAUUAACUUAAGGUUGCCCUGCCAUCUGUUUGAGCCCUAAUUGUAUGUUUUCAGUUCACGGACGAUACUGAAAUAUCAUCCUUUUGAUGUAGCAAAUGGACGUGAGAAAGAAACAAAUUACUAGAUAUAUUUUGAGAUUAAAAAAUCUAACUGCUGCUGUGACAGCACAUGUCGCUAGCAAGAACAGUAGGGAAUAGGUGAAUCUCUUGUUAGUAACGACAGUAGUGUAUCUGAGAUAAAUUGAAUAAUCGAGCUUCUAUGAUAAUUUCAACAGUUUCGAAGUUUGAGAGAAUAAAAACAUAGCAAAUGCAUUUGCCCACGAAUGGCCUUAACACCUUGAAAAUGUUAACUCAUUAUCACACCGCAUUUCUUAGAAAGGCUUCAAGGGAAUAAUCAUUUGGAUGUAGCAGUAUAAGUGAACCUGUUUUAUUUUAUUUUUACAAACUUACUUGUCUUACAAACUUCGCCCGGUGGGCAAGGACUGAACACAGUAGCACACAAAGUCCUCUUCAA